GGAAAGGUAAUCGGGAAAGAAAAAAUUGAAUAUUCUACGCCGAGGAAAGUCGUAAAUCUUAAGCUAAAAGAGAACAAAAUCAAGCAAACGUCACAUCUAUCUCUCUCUCUGUCUCUGUUUCUCUCUCAAAUUUGUUAAAACUAAUAGAAAAAGGAAAUCCUUUUUUUUUUUUUCUAAUUUACUUUCAAUCACUUACAUUUUGAAAUCGAUUCCUGUGUAGAACAAAAGAAAAAAGCUUUCGAUUAUUAUUAUUAUUAUUAUUAUCAUCAUCAUAAGAUCAUAUAAUAGAGAGAUCAAAAUUCAAAUUUCAAGACCAGAAAACUCUAAAAGAGCCGCAGAAUUCGAAAGAAAUCGGAAAAAGGAGCAAUGGGUCAAGCCUUCCGCAAACUAUUCGAUACCUUCUUCGGCAACACUGAGAUGCGAGUUGUGAUGCUGGGGCUGGAUGCAGCUGGUAAAACAACAAUACUUUACAAACUUCACAUUGGAGAAGUAUUAUCUACUGUCCCAACAAUUGGGUUCAAUGUGGAGAAAGUUCAGUAUAAGAAUGUGAUGUUCACUGUCUGGGAUGUUGGUGGACAAGAGAAAUUAAGACCACUCUGGAGGCAUUAUUUUAAUAAUACAGAUGGACUGAUCUAUGUAGUUGAUUCCUUAGAUCGGGAGAGAAUUGGAAGAGCAAAAGCAGAGUUUCAGGCUAUUAUCAAAGAUCCAUUUAUGCUCAACAGUGUCCUCCUGGUCUUUGCUAACAAACAGGACAUGAAAGGAGCAAUAACACCUGUUUUUGUUUUAAAGAAAGGAGCAAUGACACCGAUGGAAGUAUGCGAAGGAUUAGGUCUUUUUGAACUGAAGAACAGAAAAUGGCACAUACAAGGGACUUGCGCACUGCGGGGAGAUGGGCUGUACGAGGGGUUGGACUGGUUGGCUUCAACUUUGAAAGAAAUGAGAGCUGCUGGAUACUCUUCAGUAGGCACCUCAUCAUUCUAAUUUUACAGGUUCCUUGAAAACGCGAGGUUUUAUGUAGAUUAAGUCAGAGGGUUGGCCUAUGUUUUCUGGGGAAGUUCUUAAUUGUAAUCAAAUGUUUAUCUUUAUGGGUUGUCUAAAAGCAAAUGCAGUCUAUUAGGGUUCUUACAUUUGACUAUAGUUGUUUCUCAGAAGAAUACUUCCAACAGCAAUGAUGUAUAUUGAGGUGGUGAUGAGACCUUGUCAUUGAUAAAAUAGGGUAAAAUGGAUAGUGGGAAUCUAUAAUUUACUUUAGAUGUCCCUUUACAUAAAAGGCAAAUAACAGUGAAUCUGAUUUUUCUCCUCGUA